UAUAUGUUAUGUGGAAGCAGAGGUAUACUCUAGCACUACCCCUCUGCUAGCCAGCUGCCGGCCCCUUCACUUGCUUUAUCAUCUGAGGAAGGAAGAAGCAGGCAGUAGGGUUUGUUCUUUCUAAGCUCUAGUGAUUGCAAAGAGACAGUGAAGGAGGGAGGGGGGAGUGUGAAGCAGCAACAGCAGCAGUAGCUUCAUCCCAUUAAAACCAAGAAGACACCAUAGGGUAUUGCCAGCCUGAGCCCUGUUUAUUCUGAGACGGUGUGACACAAGGAGAAAAUAACAAGUCAUCCCUAAAGGAAUGAUGCAGGGUAAAAAAAGCACGAGCUCCAGUGGAAGGAGUGCAGAUAUUCAAGGAGAUGAGGCGCAGAGGAAAAAGAAGAAAAAGAAGGCAUCGUGCUUUUUAAACAUCAAGAUUUUCCUGGUAUCCGAGUGUGCACUGAUGCUGGCCCAAGGAACUGUAGGAGCUUACCUGGUCAGCGUGCUGACAACGUUGGAGCGAAGAUUUAACUUACAGAGCACAGAUGUAGGUGUGAUUGCCAGCAGCUUUGAGAUUGGGAAUUUAGCCCUUAUACUAUUUGUGAGUUACUUUGGUGCCAGAGCCCACAGGCCACGUUUGAUAGGUUGUGGAGGUAUAGUCAUGGCCCUUGGAGCACUUCUUUCUGCUCUUCCUGAGUUUUUGACUCACCAGUAUAACUAUGAAUCUGUAGCAAUCCGGUGGGGCACAGAAGGAAGAGACAUUUGUGUGGUUAAUGGUUCUUACAAUGAUGAAGAUCCAGACUUGGAUAUUAUCUGCAGGAAUACAACUACAACCAACAUGAUGUACCUGCUGCUUAUUGGUGCUCAGGUCCUUCUAGGGAUAGGAGCUACACCUGUACAGCCCCUAGGAGUCUCCUAUAUCGAUGACCAUGUGAGGCGGAAAGAUUCUUCUCUAUACAUAGGUAUUCUGUUUACCAUGCUGGUAUUUGGACCUGCCUGUGGCUUUAUCUUGGGUUCUUUUUGUACCAAAAUGUACGUGGAUGCAAUUUUCAUUGACACCAGUAAGUUAGACAUCACUCCUGAAGAUCCCCGAUGGAUUGGAGCCUGGUGGGCCGGUUUUCUGCUUUGUGGUGCCUUACUUUUUUUCUCAUCCCUCUUGAUGUUCGGCUUUCCACAGUCACUCUCAGCUCAUAUGGACCACGCCGAAGAGAGUGAGCAAACUAUGCUACCUGACCGGGACUAUGAAAGGCCCAAACCUAGUAAUGGUGUUGCAAGGCAUUCCUUAGACACAGGGGACAGCACUUCCUGUUUCCAGCAGCUUAAAGUAAUUCCAAAAGUGACAAAGCAUUUGCUAUCCAACCCCGUGUUCACUUGCAUCGUUCUUGCUGCCUGUAUGGAGAUUGCGGUGGUCGCUGGUUUUGCUGCAUUCCUGGGGAAAUAUUUAGAGCAGCAAUUCAACCUGACAACAUCAUCAGCUAAUCAACUUCUUGGAAUGACAGCGAUACCAUGUGCUUGUUUGGGCAUUUUCCUCGGUGGGCUCCUUGUAAAAAAGUUAAGUCUAUCUGCCCUGGGUGCUAUACGGAUGGCUAUGAUGGUGAAUCUUGUAUCUACAGCGUGCUAUGUGUCCUUCCUCUUUUUGGGCUGCGACACAGGUCCUGUUGCUGGAGUUACUGUUCCCUAUGGAAACAACACAUCACUUGGUUCUUCACUGGACCAAUAUGCUUCCUGUAACAAUAACUGUGACUGCCAAACAGACUCGUUUACUCCUGUGUGUGGUGCCGAUGGUAUUACUUAUCUGUCCGCCUGCUUUGCUGGCUGCACUAAAACGAAUCUGGCUGGCUGCUCUUGUCUCACUUCUGUCCCUGCGGAGAAUACCACAGUGGUUCCUGGAAAAUGUCCCAGCCCUGGUUGUCAAGAGGCCUUUCUCACAUUCUUGUGCGUGAUGUGUGUCUGCAGCAUGAUUGGAGCUAUGGCACAGACGCCAUCCGUUAUCAUCCUCAUCAGGACAGUGAGCCCAGAAUUGAAGUCAUACGCUCUGGGAGUUCUCUUUCUUCUUCUUCGUUUGAUAGGUUUCAUCCCGCCACCACUGAUCUUUGGAGCUGGAAUCGAUUCAACUUGCCUUUUCUGGAGCACGUUUUGUGGAGAGCAGGGUGCCUGUGCACUAUAUGACAAUGUGACCUAUAGAUACCUGUAUGUUAGCAUUGCUAUAACUCUGAAAUCCUUAGCAUUUAUUCUCUAUACAACAACAUGGCAAUGCUUAAGGAAAAACUACAAAAGAUAUAUAAAAAACCAUGAAGGUGGCCUCAGUACAAGUGAAUAUUUUCCCUCUAAUCUGACCCUAGAUAACCUAGGGAGAGACUCUGUUUCCCAAACCAAGGUUCAUAGGACAAAAUUCAUCUAUAACCUUGAAGAUCAUGAAUGGUGUGAGAAUAUGGAAUCUGUUUUAUAGUAGAUGUUGGAUAGACUUAUUUUGCAUUGUCCAACAAAGAUCCUUUUGUAAAGGAGAAAAAGACAAUUUGCUUCAUUCAACGUGAUGGCACAUGACAUUCUGCAACAAAAGUGGAUGAUCACAGAAAGAAAUAAGAGAUGCAGCUGUUAGUCCUCAGGCCGUCAGCAUCCGAUCUUCCAGCAGGAUGGGUGUUGCUUCAAGCACCCAGGAUUGUCUUUAGAGAGAAUGUAAACAGUCUGGCACACUGGGAUGGAAAGCUAAACCAAGUUGGCACCUUUCCAGGGUAGAACUUAGUACAAAUCCAUAAUGUAGUGUUUGGAUUGAUGCAAGGGCAACCUUUUGCUGGGUAAUGGCUGACGGCACACUAUGAGCACUCCUCAUAAUCAUCUAUCAUAUUGCUAUGAAUGCCAGAACAACCCAGGAUAUAGUAGAUUAUAACAUACCGAAUGCGUUUCAAAACAUGGAUAGAACACUUUUAUUUUUUAUGUCAUUUAUUGAAAACAUGUAACUUAGCAAGCAAAAGAUCUCAGUGAUUUGUAACUAGACUAAUUAAAAGAGAGGUUGAUUAAUUCCAGAAAGAAUAUCUUUAAGAAGUCCCUGUUCAGUGAAUUGUGGUGUAGUCUUUUUAUCCAGGAAGAUGAGAGUAAUGAUUCUUUUGUAAUGAAUAAAUAAAUGCAGAACAAAGAAAAUGCAAACUUUCAUGACAUUGAAGUCAUUUUUUUUUCAGGCAAUAAAGGAACUAAUCGUU